CUUGCUGCUACUGUGGGCCCAACCACCACUUUCGCUCACCCAGGAUGAAUCCGACCGGCAGCCAGACGUCGCGCCUGCUGGGCGCUCUCCUGGGAACCUCCGACGCGUCGCAGGCCGCGACGCCCGCCCGGCAGCCGCUCCAGCUCUUCAACAGCCCCGUUCCUGAGGGCUCUGCCGCGCCGAAAACGCGGACGGCGCAGCUGCUUGAAAACGCGCGCCGGACGCACGUGGGGUCACUCAUGGGCUCCGUUGCGCUCUCCGACGUGAGAUUCCUCUCGCAAUCGCUCUCUUCGGCGCCUGCGAUGGGACUUGGAGCGGGUGGUGCGGGGGAGUUCAAUCUCAAUUACGACGUGGAAACGCCGCUUAGGGCCAUAGAUCUGGGCGGGGACGAUCAGGCAGAGCAGAUGUCUGCCUUCGUCAGUCGGGCGAUCGACAACUUGAGUCAUGGGGUCACGGUUAGCGAGGCCAUGAAAGAACUUGGACUCAACAAUAAGGAUGAUGUAGUUCCUGGCAUGGAGGCGCGAUUGCUGCCCCAUCAGGCCAUCGGAGUGGCAUGGAUGCUCCAGAAAGAGAAGGGUCCGGACAAAGGUGGUAUUCUCGCCGACGACAUGGGUCUUGGCAAGACAGUCCAGAUGAUCGCCACUAUGGUCAUGAACGUUCCCGCCGAAGACGAGCAGACGCGGACAACUUUGAUUGUUGUGCCCGCAGCUCUGCUUCAGCAGUGGAAGGAAGAGAUUGAAACCAAGACUAACAAUAUGUUUUCAGUAUGGGUGCAUCACGGCACCGAAAAACUGAGGAAACCAUCUGAAGUCAAGAAAUACGAUGUCGUUAUCACCACCUACCAGACGCUGUCUAUGGACUUUCGUUUUUACGAAGAUGUGGACCUGGGCAUGGAAUCCGACUGGCUUAUCAAGCAUGGGGGUGUCCUUGCCCGGACUCGUUUCCACAGAGUGAUCGCCGACGAGGCCCAGUACAUCAGGAACAGGUCGACCAAGGCGAGCAUCAGUCUUGCGUACGUCCGAGCCAAGUAUCGCUGGAUGCUCACAGGUACACCCGUGACAAACACCCUCGCCGAUUUGUACGGGCUGCUUCGGUUUGGUCAGUUCCGGCCAUGGAACGAAUGGAAUGACUUCAAUACUCACGUUGCGAGAGUCCAGCUUGAGGAUGCUGCACUGGCAGGCCAACGAGCCCAAGUGAUUCUCAAGCCUAUUCUUUUGCGGCGGACGAAAAACUCGACGCUCGAAGGCCAGCCGAUACUUGACCUGAAGGCCAAAGAUAUCGAGAUCGUCAGGCUCAAGUUCACCGAUGCAGAGCGGGAAAUCUACAACUGCUUUGAGGCACGCACAAAGGUCAGAGUGAACAAGUUCAUUCGGUAUGGCACGCUGGUCAAGAACCAGGCUGUGGUCUUGGUCAUGAUCUUGCGACUUCGGCAACUCUGUUGUCACCCGCAUCUUAUCCUGUCUAUCGCCAAUGGGCAAGGGUUCACCGAUCCGACGCUGCUUGUAGGCAGCGAUCAGGACAAGGAGCGCGGCCGGGCUCUCAAGUUGAUGGGGAGACAUUGGGUUGACUCGGUCAAGAGGCGAUUCCUCAUUCGAGCCAACGCUGUCAGGGAAGACGAGGACGAAGCCAAAGCCGACUCCGAUGUCUGUCCCGUUUGCAAAGACUUGUUCUUGGAAGAGAAUGGCCGCGUUCUGCCUUGCGGACACGAGAUCUGCUUCGACUGCACCAUGGAUCUGAGCAACUCGGCCGUUGCGCACGACGGAGUAUUCGGCGAAGGGGACGAGAGCCAGAACGAGGCGCAGGACAAAGCUUACGAAGAGGCCACAGCCAAGGGGCUCCGACCCUGCCCGACUUGCAAGCGAAUGACCAACAUGCGGGGGGACAAAGUCUUCAAGGCUGCUGCGUUCGAGCCUACGGAGGACGAGCUGAGCAUGCACAACCAGGAGAAGCGCGAAGUGAGACGGGAUGCUAAACGGGCGAGGCACCACUACCGGGUCUCCCCAGCGAGGACGUUCGAGGAGAGUCGCAUUGAUUCAGAUGACGAUGACGAUCUGCCGCCUGUCCCUGUCCUCCGCCCGAAGAAAGAGCGCGAUGACACGGCAACGAAGUCGAUCCCAACUGGGGCAAAGCGCGACGCCAAAGGCAAGAGCAAGGCGCCGCCCAUCAAGAAGGGGGGCAACGCCGACGCGGACGACGACGACGUCGAUCUCCCGUCGGCUGCGAUCAUCUCGAACUGGGAGCGCGGCGACGACGACUUGGAGCCGAGCACGAAGAUGCUGGCGAUGAUAGACAUGCUGCAGGAGUGGGAGUCCACGGGGGACAAGACCAUCGUUCUGCGCUUCGACGGGAAGAUGAGCCAGCAGGAGCGCGACGCCGUCCUGUCGACGUUCAAGCGGCCCGGCGGGCCCAAAGUCAUCCUCAUCAGCAUCAAAUGCGGGAGUGUCGGGCUGAAUCUCGUUUCGGCCAACCGCAUCAUCAACAUGGAUCUGAGCUGGAACAUCGCGGCGGAGUCACAGGCGUACGACCGCGCGCAUCGGAUCGGGCAGUCGAAGAAUGUGUGGGUCAAGCGCCUUGUGGUCGAGAACACGAUCGAGGAGCGAAUGCUGCGGCUGCAAGACGUCAAGCAGGGGCUCGCUGAAGCGGCGCUGGGCGAAGGCACCGGCGGCAGGCUGCAGAAGCUCAGCGUGAAAGAGAUCAAACUCUUGUUCGGCAUGUCGAACAAUCCAUAAGACGGCCUUCAAGGCCACACAGGCAGGGCAACAUCCCCGUGAUAUGAUACUAACCUGCUCGUAUACAUAUGUACUGGGCGUAAUUAUAAGUAUCAUAUAAUUAACCGCUCACUGAUACCCGACGUCACGCGACUCACACUCUAAA